GUCCACAGAUGAGGGGAGUCGAGUCUCCCGCGCCCCACCAUCCUUGCCGGAGUUGCUGUUGAGUCGCUCGUGCUGAGCCGCUCGUUCUGAGCCCUGGCUGGCAAUAAAGUUCGUUAAAAAAAUCAUAGUCAUUUUUAAGAGAGUGAAAGAGGGCGCGAGCCAGCCGGGCGGCCCCGCCGGGGGGAGCUGGCGCGCUGGGAGGAGGAGGAGGAGGAGGUGGCGGCGGCGGCGGCAGCGGUUGCGCCGCGACCAGGAGGAGCCGGUCGCGCCGGGCGGCGGGUCCGUGGCCAGCGGGGACGAUUUGAGAAGAUCUGAUCACCUGGAAUUAAAGUUGGUUCAGAAACCUUUUCAACUGCAAAAAUGUUGGAGGAAGAUAUGGAAGUGGCUAUCAAGAUGGUGGUUGUAGGGAAUGGAGCAGUUGGAAAGUCAAGUAUGAUUCAGCGAUAUUGCAAAGGCAUUUUUACAAAAGACUACAAGAAAACCAUUGGAGUUGAUUUUUUGGAGCGACAAAUCCAAGUUAAUGAUGAAGAUGUCAGACUAAUGUUAUGGGAUACAGCAGGUCAAGAGGAAUUUGAUGCAAUAACAAAGGCCUACUAUCGAGGAGCCCAGGCUUGUGUGCUUGUAUUUUCUACCACAGACAGGGAAUCUUUUGAAGCAAUUUCCAGUUGGAGAGAGAAAGUCGUAGCUGAAGUUGGAGAUAUACCAACUGUGCUUGUGCAAAACAAGAUUGAUCUCUUGGAUGACUCUUGUAUAAAGAAUGAGGAAGCUGAGGCACUGGCAAAAAAGUUAAAGCUAAGAUUCUACAGAACAUCAGUGAAAGAAGAUCUAAAUGUGACUGAAGUAUUUAAAUAUUUGGCUGAAAAAUAUCUUCAGAAACUCAAACAGCAAAUAGCUGAGGAUCCAGAAUUAAUGCAUUCAAGUAGUAACAAAAUUGGUGUCUUUAAUACAUCUGGUGGAAGUCACUCAGGUCAAAAUUCAAGUACCCUUAAUGGUGGAGAUGUCAUCAAUCUUAGACCCAACAAACAGAGGACCAAGAAAAACAGAAAUCCUUUUAGCAGCUGUAGCAUACCCUAAAAUGUUUUAGGGAGGAAAAAAGUUGAAUUGUAUUGUGCAAUUCCGUAAGAAACACAUCCAGCUGUCAUGGUAUGUUACAAGUUUUUUUUUUUAAGCAGACUUUGCACCUAAUGGCUCUCUGAAAGUUGACAGACUUAAAUACUGUUCUGCAGUGCUUUUCAGAUGGAGUGACAUCUUUGGUGGAAAAAUUACUGCCUUGUGGACUCGUUUUAAUUUUUUUGCAUCAGACGAAGCUUCUCCUGUUUUUGAAGGAAUGGUCCAUAAGAAGUGUCAAAAAACAGGUUUUGCUGAAUUUGAAACGCUGGAAAACAUAACUGAAAUGCCUAAAUAUGUUGGUACAGAUUUUAAUAUUAUGGGUCAAGGAAAGAUAGCAAGCGUUCUUUUUCUGAAGUUGGUCAUAUAGCUUUUUGGAAAGUAGUACUGAAUCUGAAUACUUACAAAAAAAUAAUAUUGAAAGGUAAACUCUAAAUCUUGCCAGACUGCAUUGGUGUGUAUUUUGGCAAUGUUACUUGUGCAAUAUCUGUAUAAUUUAGAAUGUGGAGGUAUGCAUGCAGAUAUCUGGUACUGAAGUAUAGUGACGGUAUGUUCAGUAUUUAAGGAAACAUAGAAUCUAAUUCAUUCAUAAAAUCAUUUACACAUUGUGUGUAUGUUAAAAGUUUUUAUUUUCAAAUAAGAAAUUCCAGACAUAUAUUUUGCAAAAUGAGCUCAGAUUUUAAAAGUGCUUUAAUCAUUUACACAUUGUGUGUAUGUUAAAAGUUUUUAUUUUCAAAUAAGAAAUUCCAGACAUAUAUUUUGCAAAAUGAGCUCAGAUUUUAAAAGUGCUUUGUGCCAAAUAUAUCAUACCUAAUUUUUACAGUGCUUUACUAUCAGAAUUUAUAUUGUUUAUAAUGUCUUUUAAAAGCAGUUUCCCUCUCUGACAGAGUAGAUACAAGUCGAGUAUAAAUGUUUUAAUGCUAGAAUAUCUCCUAGGUGAGACCUGUUGCAAAAUCUCUUUCCUACGUCCAUCCGUAAGUGCGGUGAGCUUGUGCUGGCCAGGUCACAGCGCACCUGCAGUUAUCCCUUAGGUCCUGUGAAGUGCGAUGGUACUUCCAAUACCUUUCGCUGCUGACUGAAAUGCAAUUUUGAACUUUUAAGAUUGUGCUAAUAAUGUUUUUAAAUGCAGAAGAAAUGAUCUUUGGUCUUAAUCUGCAUUAUGGAUUUUAUAAUGCCCUGCAACUCUAAAGCAUCUUUUCGUUUACACAUUUUGUAUGGUAUUUUAAGAUUAUCACUUAAAAAUUUCUAUAAACUUCAGUUUGUAUAGCACUUUCUCAAGAGCUCUGUUAACACCAAAUACAAAAUAAUUUCUUUUAAGAAACAAUUUUCAUACGUAAUCAUGUGACAGCAUAAAUUUUGUGACUUGGGACAGGAGCUUUCCAACUAAGAUAACUGCAUGAACUCUGUUAAAAAGUGAUUAUCAUUCAUCAGUGACUUUGUUUUUAACCCUUGCUAUCUACCUGGUUUUUACAGGAUUUCAAGAUGUGUAAAAAUAACUUUUUUUUGAAAAUGUGUCAAAGUCGUUUUUCAUUAUUUGUACUAUAUGCGUAACGUUAUAUGUAUUUCUUUUGUAUGUUUUCUCUCUUUCUCUUUCUCUCUUUCUCUCUUUCUCUCUCUCUCUCUCUCUCUCUUUCUCUCUCUUUCUCUCUCUUUCUCUCUCUCUCUCAAAGUUUUCCAUCCGCACCGUCCUCCUCCCUCUGUCCAGAUUACUAUUAAGAAGAUAAUAGAAAUUUCUGGGGCAAGUCCUUAGUAAGUGGUCAAGAGUGAAUGUUUGCCUUUUCAUAAUACUGAAAUAAUCUGGCAUUAUCUAUUUUAAAGUAAUAUAACAAGUUUAUUUUUAUGUCACCAGUUGUCUCCAUACCCAUUGCUGGCCGUGGGAUAGGUGUUGGGGGAAACAAACUCAGUGCCUAACAAUGGGUACCUGUUAAUGAUUCAUCUUUCCUUUUUUUCUCUCUUAAAAUACAGUCUCUUUAAUUUUUGCACAAAAUAUAUUUUGUGGCGAAUUGUUUUGUGGUCUUUAGUAGCCAAAGAAAAUCAUGUAUGUAAUAUGCUCACAUGUGUUCUAUUUGAGAUUAAUUAAAUGUGUGUGGGAAAGAGUUUGCUAGCUUUCUAUAUAAUCUCUGAUGAUUGUUGAAGUUUCCUGAUAUUUGUAAUAUAAUUUUACAUACUUAGUUUUGUCCUUUUUUCUUUUCAUAAGAACUGAAGAGAGAUCUUUGUUACACAUUUGAAUUUUUAUUUGCACUUGUGUAUUUUAAACCUAACCAUAAUUGAUCAUUUUAAAUAACUAAGUGUGUCUGAAAAUCAGUCACAAAUUAUAUGUUAAAUACUUCCUCAGUUUAAUUCUAAAGCCUUCAAAGUUGACAUUAAUUUUUUUCUUGAGACCCUUAAUUCUCUUAAAUAACCAUUAAUUUCUAAGGAGCUAUGGAUGCUAAAGAAAAAACUGUGUAAGACUCCAGGAUGUUGUUUGUGCAUUUUUACAUUAUGGCUGGUUUUUAGUAUACAGACACAUAGCUGUGGGAUAAUUGCCAUAUUGCAGAGUUCCUUAAGUUUCCUUUUCUCUUUCAGUCAGUCUACUGAAUUAAAUAGCAUACAGAAUAGCUCACGUAAGGCAAUAUACCAUUGAACUUUGAACAACACCAGUUUGAGCUGUGUGGGUCCACUUACAUGAUUUUUUACAAUACUGUAAAAUACAAUACUGUAUUUUUCUUCCUUACAGUUUUCUUAAUAACCUUUUCUUUUCUCUGGCUUGCUUAUUGUAAGAAUACAAUAUACAAUACAUACAACAUACAAAAUAUUUGUUAAUAGUUUAUUUUAUUCGUAGGGCUUUCAGUCAAUUGUAGGCUAUUAACUUUUGGGGGAGUCAUUAUACUUGUAUUUUCCACUGUGCAGGGGUCAGUGCCCCAAUCCCUGUGUUGUUCAAGGAUCAACUGUAUUUCUGUUGUUAUUAGUGCCAUAAGAUGAUAUCAGCUGCCAUUAAUUUAGUACUUACUAUCAGGUAGGAACUAUACAAAGUACCUUGCAAACAAUAAUUUAAUCUUUGCAACUCUAUGGAGGUAUUAUUAUUCCCUCCCUGUUUUUGAGAAAAAGGAGAACGAAGAUGUGAGAGAAGUUUGUCAGUUGCAUACUAGUUAGCAGCAAAGCCAUUUUCUAUCCCAUUUUAUAACUAGUAAUUUUCAUAUAGUCCAGACAUAAAAAGAUGUGCUGUCUUCUCAUUAUACUUUACUAUCUAAUAUAUAUAUGUAUAUAUGUGGAUUUGAUACUGCUUUAUAUAUGCAGUUAUAUUUUAUGGAGGAAUUACUGCUAAGAACAUUUUCAGAUUAUAAAUGUUCUAACAUAUUAAUUUCUUAUUUGAUGCAUUUAUUUUAAAAAGAAAACUAAAAUAAUAAAGAAUAACUUUAUUUUUCAAUCAGAAGUCUAAUUUCUCAUCUGAAAUUACGGGGAGGGAAGUAUCUUAAAAGACUGAUUUAAUCAUAUUUUAGUGUAUAUUUAUUUGAUAGUUUUGUCUAAAAAAUUAAAGAAUUAAAACAUGAUGAAAAGCUUUUGAAUUGGGAUUAUGUACUUAGUAAGCAAAAGAAAUAAGUUAACCAUUUUCAAGUACAUUAUAAAAGGUUUAUAUAAAGGGAAUUCUGACCAGCCAUUUUUAAUUAAAGUAGAAGAUCAUAGGUGAAGGAGUAAGCUUGGUUAUAUUGAUUAUUAAAUGCUGAAAUCAUUUAAUGAAGUUAAGUAAUCUUCAUAAAUGAAAAUAUUAAAUAAAAAAAAUAGAGGCACCUGCCUGGCUCAGUCAGUAGAGCAUGUGACUCUUGAUCUUGGGGUUAUAAAUUUGAGCCCCACAUUGUGUAGAGAUUACUUAAAAAUAAAAUCUUUAAAAAAUAUAUUUUAUCCAUGCUGAAUGCCAAUUUGGAUGCAGAAGUUGUCAUAAAAAGAUUUUUAUUUUCCCAAUUGCUUAUAUCUCUUAGAAUUCAGUUUUUCAUAUAUUAAGUGACAGAUUCACUUCAACAUAUUUCUAUUAUUUUCAAUUGUUUAAGAGAAAUCAAAGGCUAGAUUUGCUUUCUCCUUGGUUGUUGUAGCAUGUGUGAUUCCUUUAUAUCUCUUAUAUUCUAUCUUUGUGCUGUCAUUAAAUGUGUACAUAUUUCAUCUCUUCUAAUUCAAAUGUUAUUCAAAUUUUUCUAUUUUUAAAACUGUAAUGAGGAUACUUUGCUCUCCUAUUAGAGUAUAAGAAAAAACACCAUGUCAUACCAAUCUUGAAAUUUCCUCGUAUGGCUUUACACAGAUUUAUAAGUUACACUAAUCAGCAGAUUAUAAACAAACACCUAAGAUUUAAAUGUGUGAUACUUAUUGCUGAGAGAAAUUAAAGGAGAUUUAAAUAAAUGGAUAUAUUAUAUACA